UAUCGCGCUCCGGGUCGCGGGAGGCUGCGAUGGCGUUCAGGUGUCAGCGAGACAGCUACGCCCGGGAGUUCACUACCUCCGUGGUCUCCUGCCGUCCCGCCGAGCUGCAGACCGACGGGAGCCACGGCAAGAAAGAAGUGCUGAGCGGUUUCCAAGUGGUGCUGGAAGACACGCUUCUUUUCCCUGAGGGCGGGGGACAGCCUGAUGACCGAGGUACAAUCAAUGACAUUUCUGUGUUGAGAGUUACCCGCCAGGGGGCCCAGGCUGAUCAUUUCAUACAGACACCUCUGGCCCCUGGGAGCCAGGUCCAGGUCCGGGUGGACUGGGAGCGGAGGUUUGACCACAUGCAGCAGCAUUCAGGGCAACAUCUCAUCACAGCAGUUGCUGACCAUCUGUUUGGGCUGAAGACAACCUCAUGGGAAUUAGGGAGACUCCGGAGUGUGAUUGAGCUAGACAGCCCUUCUAUGACUGCAGAGCAAGUAGAUGCCAUUGAGCAGAACGUCAAUGAGAAAAUCAGAGAUCGAUUGCCUGUGAGUGUUCGAGAACUGAGCCUGGAUGAUCCUGAGGUGGAGCAGGUGAGGGGCCGGGGUUUGCCAGAUGAUCAUGCUGGGCCCAUUCGAGUUGUUACCAUUGAGGGCGUGGAUUCCAACAUGUGCUGUGGUACCCAUGUGAACAAUCUCAGUGACCUUCAGGUCAUUAAGAUUCUGGGCACUGAGAAGGGGAAAAAGAACAAAACCAACCUGAUAUUUCUGGCUGGAAACCGGGUGCUGAAGUGGAUGGACAGAAGUCAUGGAACUGAAAGAGCACUGACCACUCUGCUUAAGUGUGGAGCAGAGGAUCAUGUGGAAGCAGUGAAAAAGCUCCAGAACUCCACCAAGCUCCUGCAGAAGAACAAUCUGAAUCUGCUCAGAGACCUAGCUGUGCACAUUGCCAACAGCCUCAGGAAUAGCCCAGACUGGGGAGGUGUGAUUGUACUACACAGGAAGGAGGGUGAUUCUGAGUUCAUGAAUAUUAUUGCCAAUGAGAUUGGGUCAGAGGAGAACCUCUUGUUCUUAACUGUGGGAGAUGAGAAAGGUGCUGGGCUCUUCUUACUGGCAGGGCCAGCUGAAGCUGUGGAGACCCUGGGGCCAAGGGUGGCUGAGGUAUUGGAAGGCAAAGGAGCAGGAAAGAGAGGCCGCUUCCAGGGUAAGGCCACCAAGAUGAGCCGGCGGGCAGAGGUGCAGGCACUUCUGCAGGACUACAUCAGCACGCAGAGUGCUGAGGAGUGAGGCUCAGGGUGCCUGCUGUUCUGGCCACUGAAGGAGCCUCUUGGACAAUAAAAUAGUGUGAUUCAAAAUA